GGCGACCUGCCUUUCUCCUUCCUGAUUUCCCCCGUAUUCCCUCACAGUGGUCCUCGCACUAGCGCUUUCUUUCAGCGCCGGCGCACUUUUUGGUUUAUCACAGGUGCAUUUGCGAUCCUUUGACGUACUUUUCUCACUCACUGGGAAUUUGCAGACAUCUGAGGGUCGUGUGGAUGCGCGGCUUUGGUGAGAAGCGGAGAUGGAAUUGUUGAUAUUAUGCCUUUCUUUUGGGAUAUUGCAAUGCAGUUCGGUGGGAGCCGACUCCAUCAUUCACAUCGGUGCCAUUUUUGAGGAGAAUGCAGCACGGGAUGAUGAGGUGUUUCAGUUGGCGAUCUCUGACCUCAGCCUCAACGAUGACAUUUUGCAGAGCGAGAAAAUCACCCACUCCAUAAAAUAUAUCGAACCCAACAACCCCUUUCAGGCAGUCCAGGAAGCAUGUGAACUGAUGACGCAGGGGAUCCUGGCCUUGGUCACGUCUACAGGCUGUGCCUCAGCCAGUGCUCUGCAGUCCCUGACAGAUGCCAUGCACAUACCUCACCUUUACGUCCAGAGAAACGCUGAAGGAUCACCUCGUACUGCAUGCCAACUCAAUCCAAGCCCUGACGGACAGAGAUACACCCUCGCAGCACGACCACCCGUCCGUCUAAGUGAUGUCAUGUUGACAUUAGUUGGUGAGCUGCGUUGGCAGAAGUUCAUCGUCUUCUAUGACAGUGACUAUGUCUUUGAUGUGUCUCUGCAGCGAGUGGAUAGGAACAUCAGUGGUGUGUUUUCCAGUUUGUUCACCUCCAUGCACACAGAGGAGCUCAACCGCUACAGGGACACUCUCAGAAGAGCUAUCUUGCUCCUGAGCCCACGUGGAGCACAGGUCUUUAUCCAUCAGGCUGUGGAGACUAACCUGGCCUCUAAAGACAGUCACUGGGUGUUUGUGAAUGAGGAGAUCAGUGAUACUGAGAUUAUGGAGCUGGCCCACAGUUCCUUGGGAAGGAUGACCGUCGUCAGGCAGAUUUUCCCUCUUUGGAAGGAUAGCAGUGUGAGCUGUAUGAGGAACAACCACCGUAUCUCCUCACUGCUCUGCGACCCUCAGGAGGGCUAUCUGCAGUCGCUGGAGGUGUCCAAUUUGUAUCUUUAUGACAGCGUAUUGAUGCUGGCCAAUGCAUUCUACCGGAAAUUAGAAGAUCGGAAGUGGCACAGUAUGGCCAGCCUCAACUGCAUCAGGAAGUCAACCAAGCCCUGGAACGGAGGCUGGUCCAUGCUGGAGACGAUCCAAAAGGGCCAUAUAACUGGUCUCACCGGAAUUAUGGACUUCAUGGACAAUGGAUCAAAUUCCCAUGUUCAGUUUGAGAUUUUGGGGACCAGCUUCAGUGAGACAUUUGGAAAAGACAUAAAGCGAUUAGCUACAUGGGAUUCUGCCCAUGGCCUAAAUGGAAGUCUAAAGGAGAGCCGCAUCGAGAAUGGCAUGCAAGGGGUUACCGUUAAAGUUGUGACGUUGUUGGAGGAUCCAUUUGUGAUGGUGGCAGAGAACAUCCUCGGACAGCCCAAAAGAUAUAAAGGGUUCUCAAUUGAUGUCCUGGAUGCCUUGGCCAAGAUCCUAGGAUUCAAGUACGAUAUCUAUCAGGUAGCAGACAGCAAAUAUGGCUCUCAGCUACCCAAUGGCUCUUGGAAUGGCAUGAUUGGGGAACUCAUAAACAAGAGAGCUGAUUUGGCAGUGUCUGCCAUAACUAUAACACCAGAGCGAGAGAACGUAGUGGACUUCAGCAAGCGCUACAUGGACUACUCUGUAGGGAUCCUACAUCGCAAACCCGAGGAAAAGAUGAACAUUUUUUCCUUGUUUGCCCCUUUUGAUUUGGCUGUAUGGGCCUGUAUCGCAGCUGCCAUUCCUGUGGUGGGCGUUCUGAUCUUCCUGCUGACACGGAUGCAGAUGCUCCGCUCCCAGAAUCCUCCAGGAGCCCAUCACACUUCAUCCAUGUCUAACUCAUUGCAUAGUGCUAUAUGGAUUGUCUAUGGAGCCUUUGUACAACAAGGUGGAGAUUCAGUGGUGGGGUCUGUGGCAUUGAGGAUAGUCAUGGGCAGUUGGUGGUUGUUCACACUGAUUGUGUGUUCGUCUUACACUGCUAACCUGGCUGCGUUCCUAACUGUGUCCCGCAUGGACAACACUAUAAGAACGUUUCAGGAUCUUGCAAGACAGAUGGACUAUUCCUACGGCACUGUUAGGGACUCAGCAGUGUACGAUUACUUCAGAGCCAAAGGUACAAACCCGCUGGAGCAGGACAGCACGUAUGCAGAGCUGUGGAGGACAAUCAGCAAAAACAAUGGACAGGACUUCUCCGUUUCUAGCCCUUCUGAAGGCAUACGCAAGGCCAAAAAAGGACCUUACGCAUUUUUGUGGGACAUGGCCGUGGUGGAGUAUGCAGCACUGACAGAUGACGACUGCACCAUCACUGUAGCUGGCAACAGCAUGAGCAGCAAAGGAUACGGCAUCGCCAUGCAGCAUGGGAGUCCUUACCGAGACCUCAUCUCCCAAAAGAUUCUGGAGUUGCAGGAGAAAGGAGACCUGGAUGUCUUGAAACAGAAGUGGUGGCCUCGGACUGGCCGCUGUGACCUCAACAGCCACAGUAAUGCCCAACCCGAUGGUCGGUCGCUCAAGCUGCAUAGCUUCGCUGGCGUUUUCUGCAUCCUAGCAGCAGGGCUCCUGUUGGCCUGUCUGGUGGCCGCCCUGGAAAUUUGGUGGAACAGCAAUCGCUGCCGGCAAGAGCAGCCCAAAGAGGACAAGGAGGUGAACCUGGAACAGGUGCAUCGGCGUAUGAACAGUCUUAUGGACGAGGACAUGGCACACAAGCAGAUCCCCGCACCAUCUAUCGAGAUCUCUGCCCUGGACAUCGGCAGCAUGCCGCCCAGCCAGCAGCGGGAGGCUGUGCGAGACUACCCGGGCACGGGCCUGUCUGUGAGCACCUUCCUCCCAGAGCAAGCUCAUGGGGUGGGCCGGACACUGGCCCAAGGUCCUGGCAGCACCCUACCCCUUCCUCUCAGCAGCUCCACCAUGCCCUCCAUCCAAUGCAAACACAGGGCUCCCAACGGGGCCCUGUUCCGACAGAGUCCCGCCAAGACGCCCAUGCCAAUGUCCUACCAGUCAGUACCAGGAGGACCCAUCCCAGAAGCUAUUGAGCAUAGUACAUCCAUCUAAGGUCAUCGUCACCAUGUGCUGCCUCACACUUGCUUUUCAAAGGAAGAAAGCUGAGCUGCUGUUGGAGCUUUGGAAAC